AUGGCUUCAGGCCUUUGUGACAGUUGCGCCCGACUGUUCAGAGAAUUUGCGGAUCUUUUAAGGAGAGUUUGGGGAGAGCUGGAGCACAAGAUAAAGGAUGUUUUCAGAGAGAUCGGUCGGUGCACCUGCUGCAGGAUCACACCUGAGAGGAGGAAGGCUCAUGAUUUGCCGUCUUUGCACCUGAUGCAUGACAAUGAAACUCAACUUCUCAAUCAGGAAACUCUGCAGGCACUGAACAGACUCGCAGCCUCAGAAGACUCUCAUCUACAAAUGACUGCAGCUGUGUAUUAUUUACACCUCAGUCAUCACUUGAAAUCUCCUUUACCAGAUGCCUUCAUGGAGCCACUAAUGGCUUUGCUUCUAUCAGCUGACUUGGAUGUGCAGAAGACUGUCUCCCUCUCCCUGGUCAACCUGUUAGUCAAGAAUAAUGUGUGCAAAGAGCUGGUGAUUGAAAUGGGGAUGCUGGUGCCGAUACUGGAGCUGUUCCAGUCUGGAGAUCCCACAGCUCAGUGCCACUCCUGUGCCUGUGUUGCCAUGCUGGCCUCAUCAGAGUCAAACAGAGACGCUCUCAUGGUGGAUGGAAUCAUACCACUGCUGGCUUUAGCAAAAUCCUACGAUCCAAAGGUGCAACAGAACGCAACUUGGGCUCUAUUACACCUCACGCAGUCAGAUUGGUCAACAAGGAUUUUAUGUCAAGCCGGAGGCGUUCCUGUUUUGGUUCUUCUGCUUCAGUCCUCAGAUUCAGAGGUUCAGUUUUACAGCUGCUCUGCUCUGUGCAACAUCGCUGCUACCGAGGAGCAUCACCAAAAGUUACUCAGCGUUGGAGGUCAAUACUUGUCAAAGUCUCUUUUGACUCUCAUGUCUUCUUCUGUGCUGAAGAAUUCAGCUCAAGCGUGCAGAUGCCUACAAAUUCUUUCCAACCACGUUCUGAUCCAGGAGCAGCUGACGGAGUUUGACUGCGUGUUGCCUCUGAAGGCGCUGCUGAAAACAUCUACUCCUGAGUGGAUAGAGUCGGGCCUUGCACUGCUGUCCACGCUGUCUGCACACCCUCCAAACAAUGACAUCCUGGUGGGUGAAGGACUGUUGGAGGAGAUCGGUGAGCUGCUCCAUCAUCCCAGAUCCACCUCAGCUAUAAUCACACACUGCUGCAAGAUAGUCACUGACCUGUGUAGUUCCUGCAUGGGUGAGCAGGUUGUCAUGGAAAGUCUGUGUUUAUCAGGACUCCUGCGGGCACUUCUGUCUCCCAGCCAAUCAGAUGAACUGUUGCUGCAUGUGACAUCGUGUUUAAAUCACUUGAUGACCUGCGAUGCACUGAAGUCUAAACUUUCUGCAACAGUGACACCAGAACACAUUUCUGGACUGGUGAAGCUGUCAGGACAAAUAAGAAAUCCUCAGUUGUCAUACAGCUGUGCAGCUAUAAUAAGCAAAUUAGAAAUGACCGAGAAGACCGCCCAGUUGCUGAAGCCUCACUACAUCACCAUGUCCAAGUACUUGUUGGUGUUUCUCAAGAAGAAAGAUGUGAAAUUCCAGCAGCUUGGCAUCGCCACCAUAUUCAACCUCAAGAAAGAUGGAGACUUUUCAUCACUGGUGGCUAACAGCGAGCUGGAGGUUGAGCUCUGGAAGGUACAUACGCAGACGGAGGAAACCAGACAGCUGCUGCAAAUGAUUCAGCCUCUUUCUCCGUGUUCUGUUAACCCUGAACUCUCACAGAACAAAUGGUGAGAGAUGUGCACUGUGUGGACUGUAUAAGCUGAUGCACUGAAUACGAAUAGCAUUUUUAUAUUGUGUUUUACUGUGCUAAUUUUAUAUCCUUUUUAUAUUUACGGUUGACAAAAUUAACUGAAAAACAGCAGAGAUGUGGCAUAGUAUCAACUUUAAUCAAAUAUGGCAUAUAUUUCGACUGUUCAACAGGUUAACAUGUGAUAGUCAUAAGCAAUACUUCAACUAUAAGAUCAAAUAUUGAUGAUCGGAUACAUUUGUUUUUUUUUACGCUUUUAUUAUAAUAAACUCACCUAACCUCUACGCUUCAGACUCUGCUUUGGAAAGUGAUAGUGCGCAAUAAUAAACAAAGCAACAGUCAGUGCAAGAAACGCUUUGUGCAUCGUAUCGUCUAAAACAA